AUGCCUCAGAAGCUCCUGGUGCCUGCAAGCAGCAGUUAAAUCAUCAAACAGUACAACUUAGAUGGCAUUGACAUCGACUAUGAACACUUCAACAACACCGAUCCAAACACCUUUGCAGAGUGCAUUGGACAGCUUAUAACCAAAAUGAAAGAAAAUGGACUCAUCUCUUUUGCUUCUAUAGCUCCAUUUGAUGAUGAUCAAGUUCAGAGUCAUUACUUGGCCUUGUGGAAGAGCUAUGGCAAUCUCAUAGACUAUGUCAAUUUCCAAUUUUAUGCUUAUGAUCAGAGUACCAAUGUUUCUCAGUUUAUGGCCUAUUUUCAGACUCAGAGCUCUAAUUACAAUGGAGGGAAGGUCUUGGUGAGCUUCAUCAGUGAUGGAAGCGGUGGGUUGUCACCGGAAAAUGGUUUUUUUUCCGCUUGCAGUAGGCUCAAGAAUCAGCAAGAACUUCAUGGGAUUUUUGUUUGGUGUGCUGAUGAGUCCAAGGCAAAAGGAUUAGGAUUUAGCUAUGAGAAGCAAUCACAGGCAUUGUUAGCCAAUUAGUAUGUAUUUACUACCAUUGAAAUGGGUUGUGUGGCCUAGUCAGCUCCAAAUAUGUGAAAAAUGGUCUGGCGUUGUAUGGUUUCGAUGCAAGUGAUGAUGUUCUGUAAUUUC